ACUUUUUCUCCCGGGCAUCGCCAUCACCACGGAUCCCCGUUAUCAUGGCCAACAUCGCACCAUCGGUCCUCCGGCAGGCGUCUCGUCUGGCGUCGAGAUCAUCCGUUCAGGCCGCAACGCGACGCGGCGUUCCGGUCCUAUCGCGGCCGACGACCGCUGCGGCACGCAGUACCUGCCAGAGGUGCUAUGUGACCCAGAGCAAGCCCGACCAUGCGCAGGUCCAGGUAGACACGGCUAUCCGGUUAGAUAGAGCUGAGCUGGAGAAGGCGGGAGCUACACUCGAGACCCAAAAUGGGUCAACGACGCACGUCAGCCCGAUGGCUGAUGUCCUCAAGCAGGCCGUCAAGCUGGACGAGGGCCAACGGCCCAUCUAUCUCGACAUGCAGGCCACAACACCGUUAGACCCGCGCGUGCUAGAUGCCAUGCUCCCAUACUACACCGGCGUGUUCGGUAACCCCCACUCGAGGACACACGCAUAUGGCUGGGAGAGUGAGCAUGCCGUGGAGCAAGCCAGAGAAUAUAUCGCGAACUUGAUUGGCGCGGAUCCCAAAGAAAUCAUCUUCACCAGCGGCGCCACCGAGAGCAACAACAUGAGCAUCAAGGGCGUGGCCAGGUUCUUUGGCCGGUCGGGGAAGAAGAAGCACAUCAUCACCACUCAGACAGAGCACAAGUGCGUGCUUGACAGCUGUCGAAACCUGCAGGACGAAGGCUUCGAGGUCACCUACCUGCCCGUCAACAAUAACGGACUCGUCGACCUCGACAAGCUCAAGGCUGCGAUCCGCCCCGAGACAGCGCUUGUUAGUAUCAUGGCAGUGAACAACGAGAUCGGCGUCAUCCAGCCGAUGGCCGAGAUCGGAAAGAUUUGCCGGGAGAACAAGGUGUUCUUCCAUACCGAUGCGGCCCAGGCCGUUGGCAAGAUCCCGCUCGACGUCAACGCCAUGAACGUAGACCUCAUGUCCAUCUCGUCGCACAAGAUCUACGGCCCCAAGGGGAUAGGCGCGUGCUACGUCCGCCGUCGCCCGAGGGUCAGACUGGAGCCCAUCAUCAGCGGUGGUGGACAGGAGCGCGGUCUGCGCAGCGGCACGCUUGCCCCUGCUCUCGUUGUCGGGUUCGGAGAGGCGUGCCGCAUUGCGGCCGAGGAGAUUCAGUAUGACCACAAGAGAGUCAAGUUCCUCUCGGACCGACUCCUCAACGGCCUUUUGUCCAUGGAGCACACCAACCAGAACGGCGACCCCGACCACUUCUACCCCGGCUGCGUGAACGUGUCGUUUGCCUACGUCGAGGGCGAGUCCCUCCUCAUGGCGCUCAAGGACAUUGCGUUGUCCUCGGGCAGUGCAUGCACGUCAGCGUCGCUCGAGCCAAGCUAUGUUCUGCGGGCGCUCGGCAACAGUGACGAGAAUGCCCACUCCAGCAUUCGGUUUGGCAUCGGCCGGUUCACGACGGAAGCCGAGAUCGACUACGUCCUGAAGGCGGUCAAGGAGCGCGUCGGGUUCCUCCGCGAGCUCAGCCCCCUGUGGGAGCUUGUGCAGGAGGGUGUCGACCUCAACACGAUUGAGUGGACUCAGCACUAGUUUGGGAUUUCAAGGAGUUCGGGGGAUUGGUGAAUCGGGCGGGUAUUUGAGAGUACAUAUCACAAAGGCGAGCAAUGACCUUCGGCUAGGCCUGGCGCAACCAAGCAACCAAGCAAGCAAUCUGUAUCAUAUCAUGUAUUUUGUUGGCCGACCCAAGAGAAUGAGACCACGAUCCAUCGCACCUG